GCAAAAUGAUGCGUCUGAAAGAAGACAUGGAAACAAUCAGAAAGAAAGUAGAGUUGGACAAAUCGUGGGAAGUUUGUAGAACUGAAAAUUGUUGCCACCUGUCUCACAUUCUUUUACUGCUUGGGAUGUUUCUUUGAAUUUUUGCUGAUGAAUCAACGUCUCUUCAGUUGUCGUGAGCAUUAAACAGAGGAAAUUUGAAGACUGUAACUCCACCAACCCACACAAAGGGAAAGACUCAUUGUUCUAUGACUGAGAAUGGCCCUAAACCUCCUGGGCUCUGGUGGAUUGUGAAGCCUGGAAGUUCAAGUCAAAGAGUUACGACCACCACCUGAAUUAAGAAAUAGAAUGAUGAGCACCAACUGGAAUUCUAGACCCCUUUUUGGUCUCUUGUAAUCUCUGCUUCUCCAAGAACCUUAAACAGACCUAUCAAAGUCUUCCCUUCAGGUAAUUUCCAGGCAUGUCAGCUGUCCCUCUUAAUAUAUGCCAUAAUUAUAGUGACAUUCACCAACUGCAGUUGAUUGGAUACAGCUUGAUCUUCACAGCAGGCUUAUGUCUCAAUGUUGCAUCCCUCUUGAUCUUCUUGUUCUACCUGAAGCUCAAGUCAGUGGUGGCCAUCUACAUGUGUAACUUGGUUAUGAGUGACCUCCUUUUCACCAUAUCUCUGCCCUUCCGUAUAUACUACUAUUACAAGGGGGAAUGGCCCUUUGGAAGUUUCCUUUGUCAAGUCUCGGGUUCUCUCUUCCAAAUAAAUAUGUACGGCAGUUGUAUUUUCCUGAUGUGCAUCAAUCUGGACCGCUUUGUUGCUAUUGUCUACCCACUACGCUGGCGCCACCUCCGGCGUCCCAAAGUGGCCAGGCUGCUCUGCUGUGUGGUUUGGGUACUAAUCCUGACAGGCUCUAUUCCAGUUGCUCUAAUCCACAAGACAACUCCAUGCAUUAAGCAAAGUGGAACAAAUUCUAACUUUAAACAAAAUGAAAUUACUGUGUGCUUUGAAAGCUUCAGUCAGCACUUGUGGCAGGGGAAACUCUUCGGUCUGGUCAUUUUCGCAGAGAUUCUUGGCUUUCUCCUCCCUCUGACCUCUGUGACGGUCUGCUCAAUCAGAAUGUUUCAGAAACUAUGCCAAACUCGUGGGACGCGGAGCCUGCGCCAAGAAAAGACCAUUCGCAUGCUCGUAGUCAAUCUGGUCAUCUUUAUCAUCUGCUUCGUACCCUACAACAUCAUCCUGGCAACCUAUGGGAUGAUAAAAGCUAAUGUGAUUAAGACUGAUUCAACCAUGCAGGCUUCAGUACGCAAUGCCCUUAUCAUCACGAUGCUAUUUGCAAGUACGAACUGUACUCUGGACCCCUUGAUCUACUAUUUCAAUACAGAAGGCUUCAAAAAUACUUUGAAGAGAAUAAGAAGAGGGCAACCUUGGGAUUUUGAGAUGGGAACGCUUCAUACCAGAGCAACAAAAGUUGGUUUCUACAAGGCAGCAAAUGUUAAGCAAGAUAGUAAACAAUAUCCAGUUCAGAAUUCAGUUGCUCCCUGUGAGGACUUGCCAUUUGCUUCCCCUAAGAUAUUCUUGAGUAGCUCCAUUGAAGACUCUGAAAUGUAGAGAUGAGGGAACUAUCAAACUAUCAAGCUUUUGGAAUGAAUUGGCAUUACAAAAAGUAAGUGCCAGGAACAUUUGAGCAAAAUAUGAAGACUUGAUGCACUUAAAUAUUGUAAAGCCUUAUACUGUAUGUAAGAGCAUUUCAUAUUUCAAGAACAAUUUCUGAUAUUGUUUUUAGAAUUUAUUUUCCAUUUCCUACCCAUAAGGCUAUGUGAUAUUCAUAUGAAUGCUAUGAAAAAUUUAUGAUAAAAUUCACUCAUUUUCAGGUUAAGUUCAGGCUCCCAAUGUUGUAGUAUCACUUGCUUCAGCAACAGGCAUCAGAUUGAAGCAAGAAUGAUUGUGAUCUAUGGGUCACAGUGUUACAGAAAUACAGAUUGCCAUUGCUAUUCUUUUCUCAAAAACCUUACACCAAAAAUAUUUAUUAGCUGUUUCUGUAUCUACCGGUAUAAUACCUUUACAUUUUAAUGACACAAUGGUGGUUUGGGGUUUGGUUUUAUUUUGAGCUUUGGAAAAAUAGUUUACAAAUACCUAAAAUAA